AUGAACAGCGCUCGACGUAUAUUAUCAGAAAAUGACUAUAAAAUAUUUCAAACUAUUACUCAUGAAUGGCAGAACUCUACCGAUAUUGAGGAAUGUUUUUUAACGUGGGAAUCAAAGAGUAAAUGCAAAGCUCAAUCCAAAACAUCAUUCCUGCAUACACUAUGUUUUAAUGUACGUGGGCUUGGCAUGAGAUGGGGCGAAGUAUUACUGUUAACACUGAAUGGGAAAUUUGAUGUAAUAACUUUACUGGAAACCGGUAAAUUUUGUAAAUCAACUAUUACGAAUGCAUUUUCAGAUUAUAAUAUGUUUUAUCAAAAAGGUGAGAAUCCUCAUGGAGGUGUACUGAUACUAAUUAAACAAUAUAUUCGAGUAUCUCGCAUUCAGAGUGAUGUACCAAACAUAUGUGUUGUGGAUCUUCACAUGGAUGAAUCCAUUAGAUUAAUUGGAAUGUAUGCACCCGAAAGUAAGAAUUGGACGUGGAAUGAUCUUUUCAAUGUGAUAACAAAUAAAUGUAUUUUAAUCGGAGAUUUUAAUGUCGAUCUUGAAGAAGAUAUUGAUAACGGGAAAAACCUUCUAGGAUGGGCAGACAAGCAUUCUUUAGCUGCAUAUACUCUCGACUGUCCUACUUCACUACGGUCUAAUCGUGAAAUAGACUAUGCACUGGUACCUGGGGUUCAAGUAACAAUACGAGCUUACGAAGGUGAAACAACAAGCGACCACAAACCGAUAUUCUGCGUAAUAACAUGA